UAACUGACAAGAGCUGUGCCUGAGGUGAAAGGCUCUCGCUUUAUUCCAGGAGGACAUAGAAUAUCUUUUAAGUUAAUUCGUCAUGUCACGUGGUUGGAUCUUCUUUUGGAUCGCACUCUUUUGCGAGGUGCUCACAUGGAGCCUUGGUGCCCAGUCCCAAACUGGCAAAGCCAAGGAAACGUCGCCAGUAUUAAGAAAACGUUGGUGGUUCAUGAAAACAUGCUCAGGAGAUAAGCCUGGAGGACAUGCAUGGAAUAACGAUUGGGAUGCUCACUUUCGCUUUGAGUGUCCACCAGCUCAGUCCAUUUCAUCGAUCUACAGUAUUUUCAGGGACUGUAGGCGUGACCGUUUGUUUGAGUUUAAGUGCAAAUACACCUUUGCCGCUGGUUAUUAUGGUAACCACUGCCACUGGACGGGCUACCUCAACGAUUUUGAUCAGCCAAUCAAAUUCAGGUGCCCCGAUGGGCAAUUUUUGGCUGGUGUUGAGUCGUAUCAUCAAAAUCAUCAAGAAGAUCGCAGGUUUAAAUUCAAGUGUUGUGGAUAUCCAAAUCCACAGCAUUAUCAUGUAAGCUCCUGCUACAAGACUUCCGAAGUGAACAACUGGAGAGGAGUGUUGAACUAUGAGGUCCCGAACUUUCACUAUCUUGUUGGGGCUGAAAGUGUUCACUGGAACAGUAAAGAAGAUCGCCGCUGGAAGUUUGAAGUGUGCAAGAUUCCAGCUGAGCCAUAGAUCAUGACCAACAGUCGUAGUAGUCAACAGUCUAUCUCCUUCAUCUAAAUCUUUUACGUAGCUAUCAAUAGAGACCAACCCUUUCACAGAAUCAUGCAUGUUGAGCGAAUGUAUCCGGAAAAAAUAAAUUAAAAGAAAACGAAAAAAUGAGAAAAAAACUGUAUGGACGUGUCUGUGUGUUUCUCCACUCGGCCCCUCGUUGGAAUCUCUGUUGCAGUUGUAUGAAUGGCGGCCCCUUGGUCUCUCAAACAUGACGGAAGGAGCCUUAAUUUUAUUGUACCAAGUGUAGCUACGAAUACUUAUUCUCCUUGCUGAUUUUAGUAUAUUUGUUAUGACAAUAUAGUGGUAUAUUACAUGUAAGAGGGUAUCCUCACAACAUAGACAUUGAUAGUACUUCGAAAGGACUUUUUUUUAAGAAUUGCCGAAAGUAACUAUUUGAGGAAGAGGGAAACCUACUGCUGAAGUAUUGAUAAACUAGAUAGAGUUGUUUGUUUCUGCAGUCUGAAUGCUAGUUUCCUCUUAGAAAUAAAAGUCUAUUACAACAAG